AACGAAAGGCAUAAUUGCAAAUCGGUCAUAGUUUUUAGACCUCGGCGAAAUUAAUUUGAUCCACUUGCCAAAGAACGCUAUUAUCCUGAAUAGCUCAGAUCUGUUCUUACUCGCAAUCACUAUCGGCCGACAGCUCGUUCUUCCGACUUUUGCUUCGCAAAGAUUUCAGAUUUCUAAGCUGCUCGAGAUCUGAUCCAGUUCUUGAAUAUCUUUUGAGAGUACCGUGGCUUUGGCGCCAUAGUUUUACUGCUUUAUGGUUGUUUUGCAACGGUGGCGUCUUCUGGCUUGUAUAGGAUUCAAAUUCCUCUAGGGAGGGAAUAUAGUAGAUCCUUUCUUUGUAGAGAUAGCAAUGGUCGUUGUGGAUCAUUGUUAGAAUCUUUUUGAUUUUGUGUGUUACGUGGUGUCGAAUUGCCUUUGUGAUCUAUUAAAUAUUAUCAUAAUAGCUACGCGAUCAUUGUUAUCACCAAGAAGAAUGAGGGGAAGAGUUGAUGGAGGACAAAAGAAGCACCUGGUACCAUCCAUUUGUGUUAUUCUGCUAAUUUUAGGUUUUCUAUUCAUCUACUUUGGUGGUCAUCGAGGGCAUCAUACUAGCACUGCUCUAGAUUAUGGUACCAAAUUCUCAAGGUCAUUAGGUUGGGGUAGCAAUGAUGGUGGAGAUGCUACAAAAACAGACGAAUCUGCUUCUGGACAAGAAGAUGGAGUUGAACAUAUCACACCCAAGAGCUUCCCAGUGUGUGAUGAUCGCCACAUGGAGUUGAUUCCUUGCUUGGAUAGGAAUCUAAUUUACCAAACACGAUUGAAGCUGGACUUGUCCUUGAUGGAGCACUACGAGAGGCAUUGCCCACAGCCUGAGAGACGCUUCAAUUGCUUGAUCCCCCCUCCACGUGGUUACAAGAUUCCAAUAAAGUGGCCAAUAAGCCGAGAUAAAGUUUGGCAAGCAAACAUACCUCACACUCACCUUGCACAUGAGAAGUCUGAUCAGAACUGGAUGGUGGUGAAGGGUGAUAAGAUAAAUUUUCCCGGUGGUGGCACCCAUUUUCAUUACGGAGCUGACAAAUAUAUAGCCUCAAUUGCAAAUAUGUUAAAGUUCCCAAAUAAUGUAAUAAACAAUGAAGGAAGAUUGAGAACAGUCCUGGAUGUUGGUUGUGGAGUUGCAAGUUUUGGAGGAUAUCUUCUCUCUUCUAAUGUCUUAACAAUGUCUUUGGCUCCAAAUGAUGUACACCAAAACCAGAUUCAGUUUGCUUUAGAGAGAGGAAUUCCAGCCUUCCUAGAUGUUUUAGGGACAAGGAGAUUGCCUUACCCUAGCAGGUCAUUUGAACUUGCUCAUUGUUCCCGUUGUAGGAUAGAUUGGCUUCAAAGAGAUGGGAUCCUUCUACUUGAGCUAGAUAGACUACUGAGACCAGGUGGUUUUUUUGUUUAUUCAUCACCUGAAGCAUAUGCACAGGAUGAAGAGGAUCUAAAAAUAUGGAGAGAAAUGAGCACACUUGUAGAUCGCAUGUGUUGGAAAAUUGCUGCAAAGCAAAACCAGACAGUUAUUUGGGUCAAACCUCUAACUAAUGAUUGUUACAUGGAUAGAGCGCCAGGUACAAAGCCUCCUUUGUGCAGAUCUGAUGAUGAUGCAGAUGCAGUUUGGGAUGUCAAAAUGGAGGCUUGCAUUACUCCUUACUCUGAACAGCAUCAUAAAGAUAAAGGUAGUGGAUUGGCUCCAUGGCCUGCUCGACUUACUACCCCUCCUCCAAGGCUCGCCGAUCUUGGUUAUGCUGCAGAAAGUUUUGUAAAGGACCUGGAGGAUUGGCAGCAGAGAGUUCAUAAUUAUUGGAAUCUAUUAGGCCCUAAAGUAACAACAAACACUAUAAGAAACGUGAUGGACAUGAAGGCAAACUUGGGAUCAUUUGCAGCCGCUCUGAAGGACAAGGAUGUUUGGGUUAUGAACGUUGUGCCGCAUGAUGGGCCAAGCUCACUUAAAAUUAUCUAUGAUAGAGGCCUCAUAGGCACUGUGCAUGAUUGGUGUGAAUCAUUCUCAACUUAUCCUCGUACUUAUGAUCUCCUUCAUGCAUGGACCCUCUUCUCAAGCAUUGAGAAAAAGGGAUGCAGUGCUGAGGAUCUGCUCCUUGAGAUGGAUCGCAUUCUUAGGCCCACUGGCUUCAUUAUCAUUCGGGAUUCUCGGGCUGUUAUCGACUUGAUUACCAAGUACUUAUCAGCACUGCAUUGGAAAUCUCUUGCAGUUGUGGACGCACAGCCAAAUUCCAGUCCAGAAGAUGGAGAGGCCAUCCUCGUUAUUCAGAAGAAGCUGUGGCUUGUGGAAGAGAACCUCAAGGAUUUAAGAUGAAGAUAUCUCGCUCGUUCUUAUAUAUAUCUCUCUGGCAAAACCAAGUAUUUUUUCCUUUUGAUCUUUCUUUAUUGCACGCUUGGUAGUGUUAAAAUUGUAAGGAUAGCUGUGCUAUUUUUUGAUGUUUUUUUUUGGGUGAUCGUAAAGGCUUCCUUGAUGUUGUUAUUGGUUAUUGCUGCGCUUAGUUUUUCUUUUACAUGGAAUAAGAAAAUAAUGUUUCCAUCAUGAUUUUAAUGUAAUGUGGAUGACGGUUGUUACUUCAUAAAGAUAAAUUUUAAGAA